AUGGCGUCCGCCGAUACGAUGGAAGCCGAGAAGCCCAAAAUGAGCUACACCAAGCUGAGAGAGGAGCAAAUACUCGCCGCCGAGGAGGAAAAGGCCCACCUCGCGAAUCUCAAGGCUGAGGAGAAGCGUAAGAAGAAAUGGAAGCGAAGACCCUUGACAAAGGAGGAGCGUGAGGCUAAGGGAAAGGACCUGGAUGCUCUUCUCGCCCAGAGUGCAGCGUUUAGCAGCAUUCUGACAGACAAGACCAAAGUCCUCGGCCGAGUUGGAACAGGCUUGGAUGGCAAGACACUGGGAGAACAUGACUUGACCAUGGCCAAGCAGCCCAAGUGCUUGGUUGGCGGCACCAUGCGAGACUACCAGUUGGAGGGUCUUACUUGGAUGUACGAGAUUUGCGUACAGGGAAUGAGUGGCAUUUUGGCUGACGAGAUGGGUCUCGGCAAAACCAUUCAAACCAUCUCUCUGAUAGCUCUCCUCCGCGAGCAAGAAAAUUACCUCGGUCCACAUCUGAUUGUUGCUCCGUUGAGUACACUAUCGAACUGGAUGAAUGAGUUUCACAAAUGGGUCCCCUCAAUCCCUGUUUGCAUGUACCACGGCACCCCCGAGCAGCGUAUCGGCAUUUUCAAGAACCAGAUCAACAAACAUCUCGUGGGAGGCAGACCUACGAAUAAGUUUCCCGUCGUCUGCACGACCUAUGAGAUGGUCAUCCGUGACCGUGCCAACCUUUCCAAGAUAAACUGGGAGUUUAUCAUCAUCGACGAGGGUCACCGGAUGAAGAACUUUGACUCCAAGCUGUUCCGGGAACUCAAGACAUUCACCUCUGCCACCCGUCUCCUGAUUACCGGCACCCCUCUUCAGAACAACCUCAAGGAGCUGUGGUCACUGCUGAACUUUUUGUUGCCCAAGAUCUUCAGUGACUGGGAGUCCUUCGAGAGCUGGUUCGACUUUAGUGACCUCGAGGAUGAAGAAGGAACCGAAGAGUUCAUUGCUGAUAAGGCCAAGCAAGAACUCGUCAAGAAGAUGCACGUGGUGUUGCAGCCUUUGCUUCUGCGCAGAGUCAAGGCUGAUGUCGCCAAGUACCUGCCCAAAAAGAGAGAGUAUGUUUUGUAUGCGCCGAUGACCAGGGAGCAGACAGACUUGUACAACGCUAUCAGCGAUAAGAAUAUCGACACUCGGGCCUACUUGGAAAACAAGGUCGUGGAGAGGCUCACAGCUGCCAACAGCUCAGCAUCAUCGCCCAGUCGCAGCACACGCUCCUCUAGGUCAAGCAGCGUGAAGCCAGACACGGAGAGUGAGGUCACAUCAUCGACCGCAAGGACCAGCCCGAUGUCAGUCAAGAUGGAAGAGCCACCAGCUCUUCCAGCGAAGAAGAAUGCCUUUGCCCUCAUGAUGGGAAAGCGACCUAGUGGGCGUCCUCCCAAAGCAGCAACCCUGGCUAAGAAACAAGGUGCUGCGGCAGAAGCUGCCCUUCCGAUUCGCGAAUCACCACGGAAGGGCAGCACCAAGCGCAAGGCCUCACCAGCACCGCAGUCUCCCGCCCCCAAGAGCGUCAAGUCAAGUCGUCAGUCCACCCCUAGUAGUGUCCGCGGCCGACCACGACGAGGCCGCAAAUCCUACAAAGACGCCGAUUCAGACGACGACAUGCUCGACGACGACGCCUUUGAGGCCAAGUUGGCCAAACAACUCGAGGAGGAAACCGAACUGCAGGCACAAAAUGGCCUCGACGAAAACACCGAUGAAUUCGAACGAGCCAGAACCCUCGAGCUUGCCAAACGCGAGAUCUCCCUCAAGAAACUCGGCAACCCCGUCAUGCAGCUCCGUCUGGUGUGCAACUCCCCCCAUCACUUUUACGACUGCGAAGCGGACGAGUCCAUCGUCACUGCUUCAGGGAAGAUGCUGCUUCUUGACAGGUUACUCCCCGCCUUGUUUGAACGCGGCCACAAGGUGCUCAUCUUCAGCCAGUUCAACAAGCAGCUUGAUCUGCUCGAGUCGUACUGCGCCGACCUGCGCGGGUGGCCGGUAUGUCGCAUCGAUGGGUCAGUAGCGCAGGAGGACCGCCAGGCGCAGAUUGAGGAUUUCAACAAGGACCCUGAGCUCAAGAUCUUCUUGUUGACCACGAGGGCAGGGGGGCAGGGUAUCAACCUUGCUUCGGCUGACACCGUCAUCUUGUUUGAUAGUGACUGGAACCCGCAGCAGGAUUUACAAGCGCAAGAUCGCGCUCACAGGAUUGGUCAGACAAGACCGGUGGUUGUGUACCGGUUGGCUACCAAGGACACGGUAGAGGACGAGCUAUUGGGGAGUGCAGACGCAAAGAGACGGUUGGAGAAGCUGGUGAUCAAAAAGGGUGGGUUCAGGACGAUGGGGCAAAAGAUUGACAUGAGAGAGGAUUUGGACAAGGAAACACUCAAGGCGCUGCUGCUGAAGGAUGGGCAGGUGUACAAGUUUAGUGGGGACAAGGAGGUGCUCAGUGAUGCUGAUAUUGAGGUGUUGUGUGAUAGGAGUGAUGAGGCUUAUGAGCGGGCUGCGGCGGGUGAGGGUAAUGCGGGUGUGUACAAGGUUGUUGAGACAAAGGCUGAUGGGAUUACGGAGACGGGGAAGCAGUGA